AUGUUUGGCACUAAGAAGUGCGUUGCCGCACUCCAAAAGGUCGAUUACGACGAUGAUGCCCACAACUACCUCCUCAAUGUCGAGGUGCCGCCCUAUCCAUUGACCAACGCCUGGAAUCCGACCAUGAUGCUCAAGGCUGCAAAUAGAAGACAAGAACGGGAACCUGCUUUCGCAUCCUCGCUUUCGAACACCUACAGUGGUGCAUAUAACAUGUCAAAGCAGACGAGCUACGCUUCUCAGCUCUCGCAGAAAGGAUUUGCUGUUCCUUCGGGUGCGGGUCUUACACAUACAGACUUUAAGCUGCCGCAGAUGUCUCCCAGUCUGCCAUCCUAUGGCCACUACAGUACUGUGACGCACACCAGUCGAAACUCUGCCUCGAUGGCGGGGCCGCAGUCCGGAGCGUCGGGAUAUGCCACAUCAGGAGCACUUCAAACACCUGUUCUUGUUCGAGCCACCUCUAUUUCACAGACAGGAGGUGCGGCGACCAGCCAGCCGUUCAAUCCCUACUCAAUGUACCAGUCAAAGGCCAUUUUGAAAGUUGACGGUGACCUGGACAAGAUGAGCGAGGACUGGACCCAAGAGGAGUUGGACGCAAAGAGACGCCUUGUCGAGUUCAAAAGAUCGCAACAUGGCAGUACGAUCACGACUUCGUUUGCGCCAGUGACACCAGAGGCUCGUGCGACCCGAAGUAUUUGUGUCAGCUGCAUCUGGUGGGAGGAGAAAGACGAGUGCUUCAUCACGAGUGUCGACACCAUUUUCCUGUUGGAGCAGUUGGUGAAUGUUCGCUUCACGGUCGAGGAGAAGAACCGAAUCCGCCGGAACCUGGAGGGAUUCCGCCCAAUGACUGUUUCCAAAGCCAAGUUGGACAGCGAAGCUUUCUUCAAGGUCAUCAUGGGUUUUCCGAAUCCUAAGCCGCGCAACAUUGAGAAAGAUGUCAAAGUCUUCUCGUGGAAGGUUCUUGCGCAGGCACUUAAGAAGAUCAUCAGCAAAUAUGUACUCUGCGAGCUACUCAUCCACUGCUGGCGUCGGAUCACUUCCUAUCACAUCGACUUCAACAUACCCGGGCGCCAUGUCGCACGCAGCAGCGAGUGUGCAUCGAAAUUCUUCGCCACAAUCGGUAUCAGCUUCGACUGCAUCAACGGCAUACACACCACACCUAGCAGCAUCCAGUCUAUCUCCCCACCUGAGAGUAUCAGCAGGCCUUGA